GUGUGCUCAGCGUUUUAGGAUAAAAAAAAAAUCUGACUGAUUAUUUUUUCAUACAUAGAAAGGAUAUUCUGCAGUGGCCGACUACAGAAAAAAAAGAAAAAAAGAGUGCUAUUUGACCGAACAGUUUUUCAAGAAGCAAAGCGACACUAAACGUAUCCUAGGAAGAUGGGGCACUCGUGGGUAUUUUCUCUGAUACUCUGCACAGUCUUCAUGUGUCAAGGCCAAUCGCAGGCAUGCUGGAGAACCCCAGAAGAGCAAGAAGCCAUGAAAAACAACACUAUGCAAGUGGGCUGCCAUAGGGAGCCUAGAGAGACCAUCGUUCGCUUGGAUGUCCCCAAAGGCUACGAUAAGGUGAACCCGAGUGCUGUCAUAGCCAAGCGCUGUUCGGGACUCACUUGUAUGAGGCUGGACCAAGAGUGCGUCGCUACAGAAACCACCAAGAGAAUGAUCAAAGCGGAAGCUUCCAGCAUGAACAUGGGAAUGCAGAAGGAAUGUGUUGACAUCCCGGUCGAGGACCACGUUGCCUGCGCCUGUCGGUGUCUGAAGACGCAAGAACUCUGCGGAAAAGUCAAGAUCUUCAACAAGAGGAUGUGCUCUUGCGACUGCCCGCUGGAGCGCAGGAAGACCUGCGAGAUAAGAAUGCGGGAUAUGCCCGGUACGGUCAUGUGGGAUCCAAACACGUGUUCGUGCCCUUGCAACGAAUGGAUGGAGUGUGGGUCGGGUGAACACUGGUCUGAUGAAAAGUGCAGGUGUGUUGAGGCAAAUUCGAAUGAAAUCUAGAAACUCGAUGGAGCAUUUCAAGAGCUGCUGAUGACAACGGAAUCUUGUUACAAGAAUGUAAUGGAUGACGACCAGUUUAGUCGACAGUGGUGCCUCUUAAUGACUUGGAAGGAUGAAAAAGUUGACAAACUUUUGUACUUGCAAUACUCUAGUUGCCUUAAUGAAGGUCAAAGCAUACGACACAUUUUUACACCCAGUAUACAAGAUAAUUUAGCUUUUUUAUAUCAAGUCAGCUUGAUACACACACAUUAUAUAUAUAUAUAUAUAACUGAGUCACGAAAAUUUGAAAAAAAACACUGUCACAAGGCAUUGCGGGCGUUUUUGUUACUAUCAUGGGCAGAACUUCACUAACCACCCGUGGACAAUAUUAUGUUAGAAGUCUCAUAAUUUUAUUAUAACAACUGAGUCUCUUAUGACGACAAUGCGAGGUCGACCCAGUUGGAUUCAUCAUUCAACAUCAGUCUUCACAGUGUCACUACGACAGCCAGGAAUCCAUCAUAACACUAAGAAGUCUUUACUGUAGCAGUAAUUGCUUCCGCAAUGGUAAAAUGACAGUAGUGAAAAAUCCUAGUGUUGUCAUGACACUCCUCGUGACAAUUGAAAUUUUCAAGAAGAUGAAGAGCAGUGAUUCUCACGACGGAUAGUAACGUGGACCAAAGUUAGGUUAGAUUGAGAACGUUUGGUUGCGAUGCCUUACUCUUUCUUCAAAAAGGCCAAACAUUCAUUCUUUGCUUAGCAUUUGUCAUGACGACUGCAGAUUUUACUGCCGUUCUCACUCCUAACAUAGUGUUCUAUUCUUCGCCAUGUAAUAUACUGAAUGAAUAAUAAGCUGAAUAAAUGAAUAAUAGGAA